CCGAUCUGUUCCGAACCAAGAGCCUCGGAGGAGGCGGAACUUUCAGAGGUCUAUUAUCAUUAGAAUUUCCCGCCAAACAAGCCAGUCAGUAAUUAAGACGAUACAAAAUGGACCAUAAUAAAGAAACUCAGAUUAGGACAUUUGUGCGAAAUCUACUUAAUGAUGCACCAGACCUGAGUUCACUGACUCUAGGCUCUUUAAAGCUGCAGUACAUGUCACAUUUGGGUUGUGAAUCCUUGAGCCCAGAAGCGAAAACCUGCAUGAAAAGAGUGGUUGGAGAAGAGCUGCUUAAUAUGCAGGUCAGUGCCACAGAUGUCAGUGAGUCAGAGAUUGCCAGCGUUGAACCACCCAGCAACAAGAGAAAGCGCUGCAAAGAUAAAAAAGCCAAUUCUGGAAGAUCAACUGAUGAAGAAUUGAGUGCAAAGAAAAUUUGCCGUCGACGCACUUCUUCAGGAAGUGCUGAGAGUAAAGAGGAAGAGCAAAUUGACCAAAAUGAAGUUAAAGACCAGCGGCUGGUGCAGGAAAGCGAGAAGGAUCAAGAUGGUGCAGAAGAACAAAUGAACCUAACCGACAAACCACAAUACUUGGAAGGUCCUGCAGGGGACCCAUUGGAGGGUGAACAGAAGUUCAGCAAGAGCGAGAAGAAACCGAGAAGUAGGAAGAGGCCAACCAAAGCCUCCAGCGAUGAAGAAAACGAGUCAUCGUCGUCAAUGAGUGAAAUAGGUGAAGAGGAGGACAAAGACUCUACUAAGAAGGGAGCACCUGGCAAAAAAUGGGAUGGUAAACAAAAGGGCAUCAAGGAGGUCGGGGGACCGGAAAGUAGGAAGCAGCAAGCCAAAUCCUCCACCGAUGAAGAAAAGGGGUCAUCGUCACAGAGCGACGAAAGUAGUGAAGAUGACGACAAUGUCCCCAAGAAGGAGGAAGCCCCUGGCAACAAGUUGGACAAGGGAAAAGUGCCAACGACGACGACAAAAGAAGACCCCCAGGACCCUGAUUCUUCAUCAUCUUCGCUGACCUCUCUUGAAGAAGAGAAAGAUGUCAAGGGAGACGGCGCACCAGCCAUGAAGUUGACCAUAAAAAAGGGAGACAAGAAGAAGAAGCAAAGAGAAGAUGACUCUAAAAGAGCAACAGAAGAAAACAAAGCAGUGCUGAGGCUGAAGCGCUACAUAUCUCUCUGCGGUGCAAGGCGGAACUACAAAAAGCUGUUUGAGGGCUGUGGCAGCAUUCGCUCCAAGGUGUCUGUUCUGAAGAAGGAACUGGAGGAUCUAGGCAUCGAAGGCCUACCAUCUAUUGAGAAGUGUAAGAAGGCUCGAAAGAAGCUGGAGGAAGCCAAAGAGCUGGCUGAGCUUGAUGUCAGCAACAUUAUAACCACACAAGACCGGCGCUUGGGAGUAUGGGGAAUUGCGCAAAUAACCGCUGGUUCUGGGCUCGCUGUCUACGCGAUGUGGGUGGGUAUCCUUCAACCAGGGUUCCGAAGGGUGCCAUUAAAAUUACAGGUUCCAUACCUCCCUGCCAGCAAGACACAAGUGCGUAAUGUGAUGACGUUACUGAGAGGUCGACAGGGGACGCUUAUGGAUUUGGGCUCUGGCGAUGGACGAAUCGUACUGGCAGCCCAUCGUCAGGGCUUCAGUCCCACGAUUGGCUACGAGCUCAAUCCUUGGCUAGUCCGGCUGUCCCGGUUCUACGCUUGGAGAGCCGGUCUUCAUGAGGAAGUGUCCUAUCGGCGGGAGGAUCUCUGGAAGGUUGACCUGACAAAGUGCAAAAAUGUCACUGUAUUUUUGGCCCCUAGUGUGCUGACGCUGCUUCAAGAGAAACUACAGGCCGAGCUCCCCGAUGAUGCGUUAGUAGUGGCCGGUCGGUUCCCCUUCAUCAAUUGGACAGCCUGUCAAGAGGAGGGCCAAGGCGUGGACAGAGUCUGGGCUUACAGCAUGCAGGCCCAGAGGCAAAAAAUGCCUGCACGACCCAGGAAGCACAUAUCGAUCCGGUCAUUGAAGUAGUGUUAUAGUAGUGUUGAAGGUAGGAAAAAACUACUGGAUCACAGUCGUUAUUUAUGCACACAAGAAGUUUGAUUGUAUUUCUCUAUUUUGUUUUAAGAUCAUUCAGAUCAAUUAAUGUAAAGUGAAUAAGCUAAUGGAUGCACACUACCGUUUUCUUUUGUGUUGUAUUGUUUAUUGAAGAAUUCUCUCUACAAACAGCUGAUUCACUACUAGAAAAUUAUUUUUAGAAGAAAAAUGAGACUCCAAUAUGUAACCUUGCCAAAUGUGUGUGUGAUAUUAUAAAUCGCUGUUCAUUGACUGUUUGGUAGAACAUUUUAUUCUGAAAAAAUCCUGUGUCGUGUAGAACAAAAUAGCUUUUUUUUCAAUAAAUACAACUUGCAAUAGUG